GACAACUUCGAUUCAAAGUUGAUAACUUUGUUUUAACACUUKAAGUCUUUACAGGAGAGMACUUGCCCGCUGCGCAAGAAGCUGUGCAAUUGUUAUGAAACUCGUAGUAGUAUUCAACCGCACGUGAUCACAAGCAAAAAGUGAGCUACUCGCCGAUUACCGGUUUUUCGGUUUUUCUCUUUUGAUUCAUUCUUUCUUUACGGAAUAGACCAAUAGACYACUUCUACUUGCAUACUUUUAACAAAAACUAAUACUAUCGAACAUUCGAUGGGCAUAGAGUCUGUAUGGGUGUCCCCAAUACWUCACGUAAACAGAAGCAUCGACUUCGAAAAAGUCAAGAUAUUAYUCACGUCAAUGGUCUCCUCCGAGAUUGAAUUUCUGGAAGAGAGGCUUUGCCUUCUGGAAACAUGGAUCGGAAACACACCAGAUGACGACGACAACAAUGAAGACUUGAUGCAAAAGCGUGAGGAAUACCAGGGUUUAAUAGACGAGACUGUCCUGUUGCAGAAAAAACUCCGAAAAACUUCAAAACUUCUGGAUAAAGAAAGCGACAAGAAUAUGCUGAGAAAACUUUCCAAGAAGCAAGAUCAGUACUUGAAUGAAAUAGAAGAAAUCAUGAAUUACGCUGAGUCGGACGUAUUAUUUGAAACAGUCGAAAUUGAACCAAACGAACUUCUCGGGGAGCCCUUGGAAACACUAGUGGAACAGCCGGGAUUGGAAGGGUCGUCUCUGACGCUAUUGAACUUUUCUAUUUCUGAUUUCAUGCCAAGUUCAUUUCAACGUGAGCAUGAAAACGAGGAAUUGCAUCCUAUCGCUGAAAAUAACCGCCCCUCGAUUUGUGCAAAACACCACGAGAGCAUAGGUUCGUUUGCAUCCGGUGUAAGCCUAUUUACUAUUUCCACUGCGAAUAGCAACACUUACAACUACGACGUGAGGACACUUCAACGAAAACUAAAAAAGGUGGAGAAGCUGUUAGCGGCAGAAAAUAUGGCCUGUUGUAAUAAUGAAAUAUCGCAGCUAAAUGCCAUACAAGUGAAAAAAUUAAAGAAGAAACGAGAACAAUACUUACUGGCUCUGAAAGAUAAGACCAGCAAUGAAGUUUUAUCGAAUCAAAAUAAAGUUUCCAAAGAUAAUGCCAACGAUUUUCCAUCUUAUGUCGGGGAGGGCCUACACGAAAUUGAUGCGGGAGUAGGAAAGGGCAUAGGCGAUCUACAGGUUCGGGAAGACGGCGAGGGACGAGAAUGUUGUGUAGAAGCGAAAAAGUCACAUACGGAACACUAUCAUGAUAGCACUAUUAGUGACAGGGGAUAUAGUAAUGAAAUCCGUGGCGUGGUAUCGCACGACAAAAAAACGCUGGAGAAGAAGCUAAAAAAGGUGAAGAAAUUGAUAGCGGCCGCAAACAAUCCCGAAGAUCUCAAGAAAUACAAACUGAAAAAGAAAGAAUAUAGUGCUGCGUUGCAGGCGUUGAAAGCAAAAAAGACAGAGGACGGGGAAUCAUCAUCAUCUUGUCUUCAUGAACAGCAUGAGGAAAUAAUCGACAAACAAAAGACGCCCGCUGGUCGAGACGAGACACUUAAAUCAUCGGGGGGUUCCUUAGAAUCUACUGAUCAAGAUAAAAAGGAGAGGAUUCAACUAUUGAAAAAAAAAUUGCAAAAGGUUGUAAAAUCGAUCGCGAAGGCUCGGAAAGAAAACAAUUCGAAAGUAUUGGAAAAAAUGGAGAAGAAAAGGCUAGAAUACCAAAGAUCUUUGGACAUCGAAGGGAAAAUAUGACAGGAUAGGAUUCAGUCAAAUUCAUGAUAAGGGGAUAAAAUCACCACCAUUAUAUUCCUAAUUGGGGCUUUAGACAGAUCACCUUACUAGCUGAAUAAAAACAGCCCGUAUGCAGAUACUUCAAUGAUGUAUUAUUCUCUUUCAAAAUGAUUUGAUUCUGUUCAGUGGACUUUCUGACAAGAAUAGACUUUUUACAAAAGGGAAGAAAAAGACACAAUUUUGUAAGAAAGAAAGAUAUAAUCAAUGU